AAAAGAACCAAGCGCCAUUUUUUAUAUUUUUGAGAUAUACCCAUAACUGAAUGCAUGAAACACACUAAAUUCUUUAAAAAAAUAGACCUAAGUGAUAUAUAGGCUGUGCUCCUAUCUGUGAGCACUUGAACCAACAACCAUUUUACAUAGAGGUUUUCUACUUUUAUUUAAACCGAACCAAGUGACAUUUGGCGGUUGGUUCUGUUUAAAGAAAAUUUAAUGUGUAUUUUCUUUCUUGAUUUAAAAAGAACCAAGUGAUAUUAUGUUGAUUGUACAGUAAUAAUAUUGUUAAAUCAAACACUGUUGGAUUCAAUUUGUUUUUAAUUCAAUGUAGAUUUUGAAAUACUGAGGGUACAAAAUUCUAUAAGUUAAUAUUAGAUUUGUUAUUGUGUUUUUUUUAACAUGAUCAUGAUGUAUAGGCCUAUUGUCAAAAGGAUCAUACAAAUUAUGAUGAAGACUGGGAUGAUAGUGUUCAAGAUCCAGACUACACUCCACAUUUAGAUUCAGGCAAUCAAGGUGAAUAUAGAGAGACCAAAGACAUAAAGGAAGAGAAUGAAUAUAAUAGUAAUGUACCUGAAAAGUAAGAUGGACAAACGACUCAAAAUAAGAAAGGAGGUAGACCUAAAAAGGGGAGAAAACGAAAGCAUGUCAGUCAAACAUGUCAGUCAUGGAAAAAACUAAGACAGCAACAAACCUCAUUUCGUAGUUAAAGGUACUUACUGUAGUCCCAAGGAAUUCAAUGAUUUUAAUUGCAACUGCUCCAAACGAUGCAAAGACAAUGUUAAUAUUGAUUUCAGGAAAAAAAUGUUUGAGAAAUUUUGGGAUUUAGGAUCUUAUGAUUGCCAGACUGCUUUCAUUGCUGCACAUAUUCAAGAGGUAUAUGUUAAAAGAAAGAGGUCAUCAUCUAACAAACGACAAUACACUAGAAAAUACGAACUGGAUAAAGUGAAUGUCUGCAGAGAAAUGUUUAGUAGGUACUCAUACCUUUGGAGUAUCAACAAAACGAGUCAACACAUCACUGAACAAAAUUCGCUCCGAUUGUGUAACUGACUAGAGAGGAACUCAAGAAAAGGUGUACCUCGAAUUUCUCCAGUUGAAAUUAAAAAAAUUAAGGACCACAUCAACAAGUUUCCUAGGUAUAAAUCACACUACUGUCGGCGGGUGAGUGGUGAUACAGAAUACCUAUCUACAGAACUUACAGAUUUAAAAAUGUAUGAAUUAUACAAAGAGGAAAAUGAAGGAAAUGGAGCAGUAAGUUUUAGUUGCUACAGAAUUAUACUUCACAGAUAUUUUAAUAUCAAACGAAAAAAAGCUCAAAAAAGAUACAUGCAAUGCAUGUGACAGAUUUUAUGCAGCAAUGCAAAACUGCAACAUCAUUGAAAAGGAAACAAUUAUGAAUGAGUUAAAUGUGCAUCAGUCAGUAGCUGAAGAAGCAAGAGAUGCAAUGAAUCGUGAACUUAAGACUGCAAAGGAAUGUGAAAAUGUGGAAACGUUAAGUUAUGGCAUGGAGAAAACAUUGCCUCUGCCUAGAAUCCCAAAAAAUAUAAUUUAUUACAAGAGGCAAAUAUGGGUUUAUAAUACUGGGAUAGACUCUGGGAAAGAAUCCAAUAGUUAAUUUUAUGUUUGGGUAGAAGGCACUGCCGGAAGAGGUGCCCAAGAAGUGGGUUCCAGCUUGCGAAAGCAUGUUGUUACUCAUGUCGGAAAAAAAUUUCACAGACAUCAUUUUGUGGUCUGACUCGUGUGGGGGCCAGGAUAGGAAUAUCAAAAUGGAACUAAUGAUGAACACAUUGUUUGGUGAUCUAAACCCACUGAAUUCUGUCACACUUACCUCCCGAAUGAUUCUGAUUUUGGCGAUGUGGAAUCUGCCCUAAAACAACAGCGACUAUAUACUUUGGAGGACUACAUAAAUGUAAUGGAAGGAUGCCGUAAAAAGAGAAAAUUUGUUGUGACAUAAAUGCAGAAUUAUGACUUUAAAGGGACCAGUGAAAUAGAGAAAGAGAUCACCAACAGGAAGAUUUACACAGAAGGAAAUAAAAUUAACUGGCUCACAGUUCGUCAAAUUAAAUUGGAGAGAUGUAAACCACAAGUUCUUCAGAUGAAGACCAGCCAUUCUCAAGAAACUUUCAUUGAUGUUAACAUUAACAAAAACAAGCGACGAGGGAGACUCAUAUGGAUUUCAAUCAUCUAAAUUAAUUUCGCUGUGGCCUGAAGGAAAGCCUAUAAGUAAGGAAAAGCUUAAGGAUAUUAAAUCUAUUCGUCAUCUUAUACCUUAAGGAGUCUGGCAUUUUUAUCAGAAAUUUCAGUCGAGUACAGAGGUUGAAGAUGACAUAGAUGGCUUUGGGAAUAACGCAGAAUUCACAAUGGAAGAUGAAUAAUAAAUUGCUUAUGUAUUUUAUGCUGAAAUGUAUUGAUGGAAGCCGGGGUAAUAUUCCUCAGCUGUGACCAGUAACUGCACCAUGGGUGGUGCGCUCAGCAAUGUCUUUCAGUCUGGGAGUGCCUUGUUGUCAGCAGGCAAUCACCGCGGGGUGUCGGAACAAACCCGCCUGCACGUCGUCACUAUUUUUGAUGCCCUGAGAGCAAAUCCCAGGAUAUCAGUUCAAAGGCUGGAGGGUAUAUUCUCAAAGAUACCGAAAAAUGAAAACAUUUUGUUGGUCCAUAACGAAGAGGGGUACAAUCUGCUGCAGAAGUGUGUAGGCAUCAACAAUGUGGACAUGGUUCGGUGGAUCCUGUCGAGGAAUACAGAUGUGAACAGAGGGGCUUGCUCUCUCCCGUUGCACAUCGCCUGUCUGAAAGGGUACGAAGACAUCGUGGACAUGUUGUUGAAGCAUGGGGCCAGGAUCGACGUGGAAGCUCGCAUGUGCUGGCCCGGCCCACACAACCAGAACUGCGAGGAGCGGGGCAAGUACUCUGCGCAAGGGGACGAGAGGACGGGUGACCGCUCCAGCGACAAGCUGCAGAGCUCCAUUUUCUACGCCAUCGACGGAGAUCAGGUUGAAAUUCUGGAGUUACUGACACAACAAGGGGAAGAUCACUGGUUGCCAUGGCAACAGAAAAGACCAUUGUUGCACAUUGCAUGUGAAAGAGGUGCUUGGAAUUGCGUGAGGUAUUUGGUGUCUGAAAGGUCGGACGAAAUAAACCAGUGUUAUGACGAAUACUACCCAAUCCACCAAGCAGCACUUCAUCACAUCAAGUUCCUAGAUUUGUUAAUAACGUGUGGUGCGGAGACUAAAGUACGCACUGCCACUCAACAAAUGACUGUUCUCCACAUUGUUUUCCUGAUUGGUCGCAAGUCAGCUGAGGACACAUUACAGACGUGUAAACUGUUGUUGGAUCAUGGGCUGAGAGAUUUGAUCAAUGAACCUGACUCGCUUGGAAAUACCCCUUUGCAUGGUCUGAUUGUGCGCUACGCUUUAGAAGAAGCUCGGUAUGGCUACGAUCAUGAUAAUCAACCUUGGAACAAGUGGGAUGUUCUACAUCUGGUACGCUUUCUUUUACAAAACGGUGCCCGUCCUUCUAUAAAUCAGCAUGGCAACAGUGCACUGGCGUGUGUUCUGAGACAUGUCAGAGACUGGGAGUUUCGAUACGAACUGCUCAACAUGUUUCUACAAGAAGGGGGAGACCCGAAUGUGGUCGGCAGAGAUGGCUCUGUGCCACUGAUGGUGUGUCUGGUGCCACUCAUCAACAAAGAUCCCCUGCACCAUUUUACCCACACAAUGAAAGUGUGUUACUUAAACUGUGUGAGAAUCUUGUGCAAGCAUGGGGCAAGCCCCAACUGCUCCUCGCGAAGCAACCUGACACCCCUGCACGUGUUGGUGUUCACCGCAAGCGAGAACAUCGCACUCAACCGCGAAGAGGAGAAGGCCCAGAACUUUGAGUUCAUCCGCAACCUGCUGGUGCUGCUGUUGCAAUACGGCCUGGAGCCCAACGGCAGGUUCUCGCAGCGGACGCAGCACAUCCUGCAGUCGCUGAUGGACAUGGUGCAGAACGCCCGGUGCCCGCGCGACCUUGACCACGUCUACGACCUGGCGCUGACGCUGAUCCAGUACGGAGCCGACCCCAACAUCAGGAUCUCGACCGACUGUUUCCCCGUGUCGCACGCCCAGCCGCCUUCCUUCCUCAAGAAGUCCGCGUCCCAAGUGCUGUACUACUACGUGUUCCUCAUCUGUCGCAAGGAGAACCUGCUGACGGACCCCCAGCAGCACUUUGCCCGGAUCAUCAUGCUGUACUACCUGUGCAUGAACCACCAGGAACUGUUCUCCUGCCUCCGGAUCCUGUACACCCAGCAGACGGGCUUGGUGCCGGUUCGGGGCAGUGCUCUGUGCAACUUGGUGCGCGAGCUGCUCUCCAGACCCAGGUCUCUCAAGCAGAUCUGCAGAGUUUCCGUCUACCAAGCACUGGGGAGGAAGCCCGGUCUGCAUAUUAAUAAAUUACCUUUACCCGCCUCUCUUAGGGAUUAUGUUCUCAAUUUCGAACCAUGAAUCGUAGUUACCCUGUUAGAUCUCAGCAUUCUAAUCAUUAAGUAUAGCGAAUAAAUUCAUGACCUGAUGCUCAUGUUUAAGACACAUGGGAAACAUAUGUUAUUAAUGUGCACAUUGUUUAAAGUAAGGAGUAUGUAAACUUGUUUGAGUACAGUGAAUGAUAACAAAAAAAAAAAAAAAAAAGGAAAAGCCAUCCAGUGAGAGGAUAUACAAUAGUUAAUAUCUGUUCAUAAUGUUUAGCUGGUUGUUAUAUCAUUCUCAGUGUAUUUUUGAAUAUCAAAAGGUACUUUUUUUUUGUAUUUUUUCUGGUGAGAUUUUUCAGAGUUAUUGAGAAUAAUGCAGAUUUUAAAAAAAUAUAACUGUAGAGAGUUAAAAUUUGAUUCUUCAAACAUAACAAAAGAAGUAAAAACAUUAGCCACUAUGUUUCUUAUUUUUGAGAGGCUGCAGCUAGACUCGAAGAGACUGCCACUAGUUGUGGAAGAGGUGAGGGAGGGGUUGUUUUGCCAAAACUAAGAUAUCGGUCAUACCGUGUGGGUCAUAUGUAUAUACUGUUAAAUGGGUUGUAUUUUGUAAAAUAUGUUUAAUUUAGUAUACAAAUAUGUUUUUUAUCAGCACUAAGCCAGAAAAUUCUUGUAUCUGAACUCUUCACGUAAAUGUGUGACAUUUGUAUUAUAUUUUCUUUAUGCACAAAAAAAGUACUUUGAUUUUUGAUUUAGUAAAAGUGUAGUUGUAGUUAGUGUGAGACUUUUUAACACUAUAAAUGAUUUCCAAAACAUACUACGUACAUAGGUAUAUUAUCAAAAACUCUCUAUCAUAAUCUUUACAAUGUCAUGAUAUCUCUGAACAAAAGUUUGUCAGUGCUGACUUUGCUUGGACAAAUAGCGUGCAGAGCUCCGGGUGUUUACGUGUGAUUUGCAAUCUGCUCAAGAUUUAUUAGGUGUCUAAUUAUGUAGUGCAUUUUAGAGCCAUUGCACUUUCCUAUGUGGUUUCGUUUCAUUGUUUUUUUCUAACUUUUAGUUUUUGGGCAGCGAAAAAGGCUGAAGCACGAGCAUUUUCAGGUAUAGAAAAUUGGGUACACGGUUUGUAAGUAGUAUAAGCAUUUGGGGAGAUCAUUUAUUUUUUAAAUAAAAGGGUCACUAGGUCACUACUAAAAGACCCACAAAGACAAGUUACCAAUGUGAAUGCUGCACUUUAUUUGGGUGCCUAGCAUGAAGGGGCAUGAAGUGCAUAAGCCUUGUUAUCUUAGAGCUCAUGUGCCUUGCCAAACACCUUAAACAGAUGUAAAUAAUAUAAUCAUAGAUGUGUUUGUCAUUGGCCAAAGGUGAAAAAAAGUUUAAAGGAAAAAAUAUCGUAAGGGAGAAUAGACUGAAUGAAACACGAGUUGCUGGAAACAAAUAAAAAAUGUUGCAUAACAUUUUUUUGCUUGAAUUCUGCAGGAUGAAUAGAACAAUACACAGAAAUGUUCAUUAGUUUAUUAUUGAUUUUAUUUAAUGGUUUAUUAAUUAUGUACCAAACUAUGAACAAAUAGCGUUAAUUAUCUGCUAAUGUAAAAUAAUGGUUUGGUUAUCAAAAACUUUUAUUCAUUUUAUAAUAUUUACUUGCACCCAAUGAUUUUUUUUAAAUUUCUUUUUAUCUAGAAAUGUACUUGAAUGUUUGGUGGUAACUCGCCACCACUCUGAAAUACUUGCAGACUUCAUUUACUCAUGUUAUUUCACAGCUAAAGUGUUAUAAUUAUGUUCAUAUUAUAUUUAUAGUAUAUUUUCCUAGAAUUUUGUAAACAUAUCUGAAGAGAAUAUAAACUUAUUGAACAUUAUCAUUAACAGGUUAUAGAAUUUUUAAUAGUGCAAUUUAUUGCAUUAUGUUUAUAUGUUUUAAAGUUUUUAAUCUUCAGUUCUGGAGUAAACACUUUCUUUUCAGGAUUUCUACUUGAAGCUGCUGUUGACAGAUGAUUAUGUUUCUGAAAAAAAAAGUUUAUAUGACAUGAUUGCUUUCCAUGUAAGUUUUGGUUAUGUACAUAGCUUGCUGUUACCGUCAAUAUAAAAAUAAGAGUCUUGGGCAGAUCACGGCCUGUAACUGCAGUGUUGCCACAAAUUUAUUUUAACUAUUGCAUAGCUAAAUACUUAAUGCUGAUUUAAAUCUGGUAAAAGCAAUUUGAGAAACAGUCAAUUACUAAUCACGGGCUAGAUAUUCUGUUUAAAUGUAUCAUUUGAUAAGAAAACAGAAACUUUAAUCACAUAUCAUGAAACUGGGCAUAUAAGUAGAUGGCUGGCCCUCAGGCAUCAGUUUUAUGGAGUAGCGUGAUAUUUUGAAAUAGGAAUGCUUCAUAGUGCAGUUCAUAAUAUUGUUAAUGAAAUUAAGACCUGAAAAUCUUUCUGGUUAAGUAUGUUGGAAUAUUAUUACGUCUAUACCAAGGCAGAACAAGCAUUUUACAAAUGAUUAAUUAUUGGUCUGUUUAUGAGAGACUUUUACAUCUUCUUUUCACUGUUCUAGAACUUAACUAUAUUUAGUGAAUCUUCCCAAAGCCCACCUAACUGGAAACCAGUUUAUGCUAAAAACCAUUCUAAUUUAUCUUAAUGUGCCACUGCAAGACCACUUCAUCUGUUAGCAUUUCUUCACUGUGUCUGAAAUAAUCAUCUCAUUUAAACUAUGUAUGUAUAUUUAGAGGAUCAUUUGACAAGAGCUUCUAUUUGUGAAAAUGAAGAAAAAAAGAAAUUAGGCUGUGUGCAUGCUUAACAUGGCUUGCUAGGAUAGAAUGAUAGAGCCUAGAUGCACACUCUCAAUGCAGAUACAUAAUCCAUAGUAUAUUUAAUCUGGUCGGAAGCUGGACCUUGGCAAUACGAGCGAGAUGGGAAAGCUAUUUUUGACCACCAUAAUUCAAAUCUUUGUUUUUGUUGACUUUGUUGACAAAAAGUACAUAUGAAGUUCUUAAUUUUUGUACAUAUCUGUAAAUAGCUAUUUACAUCAUGAUGUAUUCUGUGUUUUUUUCUUGGAAAAUCUGAACCUCUUUAAAGUUCACGUGAACAUCCUGCCAAAUUGGGCCCACGACACUUGACAUUCAAAGUUGGGGAAUUUUUACACUUGGCUUAAGAAUGCAUUGGGUGGAUUGUCUGCCCAGUAAUGAGUCUGCAGCUCUCUCUCUCAGCAUUUAUAUCAUCAGUCUAGGCCUACAUGUGAAUAAUUUGUACAUUUGGGCAAGCCUCUCACAAUAUUUGCAGCCACAAGUUCUUGUCUUGCGCUUCACUCGGAAUCCGCUCGGAACUCCCGCAAAGACAGCGUCGCUGCUUAAGUACUCGUGGGGUCUUCUUUCAAGAACCGACGAGAGAGGCUGUGACGAGUUGCAUCAUCCCGGGCCAACCCGACGCCCGAACAGCCCAGAAGGGCGGCAUCCAUUCUUGCUACUCCGCGCGGCAGCCCGCGGAAUUCCCAAGGCCGCUCAGCGAUAGAUAACAGCAUCGAGGCAGGACAAUGCUUGGGGAGCAGAGGGGGGAGGGGGUAGCAACGACCCUUGUAAUCUGGCCAGGCACGCGUGGCAUGCCUUACAUCAGUGGAUGGCACGUGACGCCAGUGGCUGUGCAGGGCCGCCAGCCAGCUCUGAAUCUAGCAUCGGUCUGGUCUCUCGCGUUCGUAACAGUAUGCAGAAUAUAAGCACUACUACAUAUUACAACGGCUUAUUUUCGUACAUCUUGUUUAUUGGCUUUGUUCCCUAUCUAUAUUGAAUGAGAUUAAUGCAUAAAUGGAGACCUACUACCCACCCACCAGCCCCAGAAGAGACCAUCCAAUAAGGAACUGUCACCAACAUGGGAGUGGUUGUCUCUCUUUACUUACUCUGUGGUUUCAAAAUGCUGUGAUUUAAGCAAUGGAUGCUGUGUUCCCACUAUACAUAGUGUUCAUUUCAGUUAACAAAGUACAUUCAACUUUAAUGUGUUGUUUUAUUUCUUUUUCAAUUUUAUUAAAUGCUUGUAUAGUAGGUUUGCGAUAGUCCUACAGCUAGCGGUCUGCAAUGUUCAAUGGUCUAGCAACAGCAAUAUAUAAACAGAUUCAAGCUAAGUAAGUGAACUUAAGCUAAAAAUGAUAGAUUUUUAGCUUAUGUCGAGAAUGCUUUUACAGUACGCACAUAGGUAGUAGACAGAAGCGUUCGGCGCGACUUGGGAUUAGUAGGGGUCGUUGGACAUGGUUUGGGAUUGUUUGUAAUUGUACAUAUGAUCCCCUUAUAAAUGUACAAUAAAAAUUUUGUUUUGGACUGUA